CGUCUGCGCAGGCGCCGAGGCGCGAGCGCGGAAUCAGCCGAGAAAGCCCGGGCGGUGGCGUCCGUCUGCGCAGGCGCCGAGCCGCCGAGAAAGCCCGGGUGGCGUUCGUCUGCGCCGGCGCCGAGGCGCGAGCGCGGAGUCAGCCGAGAAAGCCCGGGCGGUGGCGUCCGUCUGCGCAGGCGCGGUGAAGAGGGGCGGCCGGUUUGGAGCGGUUUGAAGGGGAUGGCGGGAGCGCCGAGCCUCAGGUCGCUUCGUGGCGGCGGCGGGGAGGAGGAUGAGGAGAACGGAGAGGAGGCGGUGGGGGCGACCGCGCUGGAGGAGGCGCUGGCCCUCCUGGAGGACAGCUGCCACCUGCUGAGGGGGCAAGGCUGGGAGGCCCACCUAAGGGCGAAGGAGGAGGGAGGCGGCGGAGGCGGCGGAGGCGGAGGCGGCGGAGGCGGCGGCGGGGACGGGGCGGCCCCCGAGCUGCCCAUGGUGUUCCUCUGCGCCCGCUGCAAGAGGCCCGUCGGCGACUCCCUCGCCUGGGUGGCCAGCGACGAGGAGGGCAGCGGCAUCCUCCUACGCUGUGUCUCCCCAAAUGUGUCUGUGGACAAGGAGCAAAAGCUCUCUAGUCGCGCAAACGAAUAUGGUUGCUUGAUCGAGACUCUGUUCUGCGUCGGCUGCUCCCUGAACCUCGGCAGCAUCUUCAGGUGCACGCCCCGACACCUCGACUUCAAGCGCGACUUAUUCUGCCUGAGCGUCGAUGCCAUCGAGAGUUACAUUCUGGGUUCCUCGGAGAAGCCAGCGGUGCCCGAGACAGACGGGCCUUUAUUGACUCUGCAGAGCCGGGCUGUAUUGGAAGAAGCUCUGGAACGGGCAGCCGUGGUCCUGAAGGAGAUGGGGAUGAGGCUGUCCGUGGUGGAGUCGAAACUUGCUUCUUUAUAGCCAGCGGAGAGGACACCCUCCCUCUUCUCCUUGCCCUGUGCCCUCCCGGGGAUUGUCGGGCUUGGGGGGGUUGCAUCCUCUACUGGGCGACGGUGCCACCCGACUCCCUUCUCGGGCCGCCCGGUUUAAGCGUCGGGCUCGGACAGGGCCGGAGGGACGCUGUUGGAGACGGGGCUGCCGAGUCAGAUGUGAAAUUUGUUUCUCGGCCAGUUAUGUCGGGAGAGAAUUCCCUGUCUUCUAAACUCUUUGUUCGACAUGCUUUAGUCCCCCGCCCGCCCGAAGGAAAGAACUGAAAAUGUGGAGAAGUUUAGGAUUUGAGGGUUGUUUGUCCCCUCUAGGAAACUGUUUUCUUCAACUGUUCCUUUGUUCCCCUGGUGCCGUUGGCUAGUCUCUCUUAGGGCUUAUUUGCCCCAGAGCCCUGAGGGCCGGGAGGAGAGGGCUGAGAGGGGAGCGUCCAGGGCCUG